AGACACGGCAUGCUCAACGCUAUGUGCAUGACGUGAUUCAAAGAGUGUUCUUAAACUUAUUAGGGUACACUCAGAAACCAAUUGUUUCAACAUCUUAUUGUCUCGUGCAGCAACAUAUGGCGCAAAAAGGCUGAUAAAAUAUGAAAUACUCCACUAAAAGCAGUUGUUUGGGGCGGCUCUUCCCUCCCCGCUGUGUGGAGUCCGUGUGGAUGCGCCAGAGGGGAGCUUUGCACUCAUAGGGGAGGGACGAGUCAGUCAAGUUCGGAUCAGAUCAGGAAGGAGCGCACCGGCAGAGAGAGAGACACACGGCACCAGGGGAGAGUCGACGCGCGUUUUUUUUUUUUAUGUCAUAACAGAUUAUUUCUACAGCUCAUCCGUGUAACCAGAAACACUUUCCACAGUAAAAAAGUGAAGAGGAUCCUCAAGCGACACGGAGGAGAGAUGCAGCCGGCGGCGAGAUGGACUUUGCGGCUUCUUAUCGUGGGUUUGAUGGCGCAAGACUGCUUCUUAUCCAAGGCAGAGGACCGGCUCUUCAGGAAACUAUUCAGAAGAUAUAACCAGUUCAUCCGACCAGUGGAGAAUGUGUCUGACCCCGUUACUGUGGAAUUUGAGGUCUCCAUCUCGCAGCUGGUCAAAGUUGAUGAAGUGAACCAGAUCAUGGAAACAAAUCUAUGGCUCAGACAUAUUUGGAAUGACUACAAGCUGCGGUGGAUGCCGAGGGAAUUUGACGGGAUUGAGUUCAUUAGAGUUCCAUCCAACAAGAUCUGGAGACCCGACAUCGUGCUCUACAACAACGCUGUAGGUGAUUUCCUGGUUGAGGAUAAGACCAAGGCUCUGCUGAAGUUUGAUGGUACCAUCACCUGGGUUCCUCCAGCCAUUUUUAAAUCCUCCUGUCCUAUGGACAUCACCUACUUCCCCUUCGACUAUCAGAACUGCUCCAUGAAGUUUGGCUCCUGGACUUAUGACAAAGCCAAGAUUGACCUGGUACUAAUCGGGUCUAAGGUGAACCUGAAAGACUUCUGGGAGAGCGGCGAGUGGGAAAUCAUUGACGCUCCUGGCUACAAGCACGAUAUCAAAUACAACUGCUGUGAGGAGAUCUACCCAGACAUCACCUACUCCUUCUACAUCAGGCGCUUGCCACUCUUCUAUACCAUCAACCUCAUCAUCCCCUGCCUCCUCAUCUCUUUCCUCACAGUGCUGGUUUUCUAUCUCCCGUCCGACUGUGGUGAGAAGGUCACGCUCUGUAUCUCCGUCCUGCUCUCCCUCACUGUGUUCCUGCUCGUUAUCACCGAGACCAUCCCCUCCACGUCGCUGGUCAUCCCGCUCAUUGGAGAGUACCUGCUCUUUACAAUGAUUUUUGUCACGCUCAGCAUCGUCAUCACCGUGUUCGUGCUGAACGUACACUACCGCACGCCAAUGACCCACACUAUGCCGGAUUGGGUGCGCUCGGUGUUUCUUAAAGUGCUGCCGAGGAUUAUGCUGAUGCGGAGACCGAUUGAUGAGGACAGCAAGGCUGGGGGGUUGGAAAGCAGUGGGGAGGCAGGAGGAGCUGGAGGGGGAGGAGGAGGCGGAGGAGGGAAAGGAGGGAAGAAGAGGAAGAAUAGCUUGCUGCAGCAGGUCGGAGGAGGCUCCCUCAACUGUCUGGAGUUCGGGGACAGUAAGUUCUCAUCCGAGGGCUGCACUGGGAAGAAAUGCCCUUGCCCCUGCCAGCAUGGGAAAGAGACCCCAGAUACACCAGACUUGGGGAAGAUCACACGUCAGCUGAGUCCAACAAGCAUCAGCACGGUGGUGGCCUUUUCUGUGCUGUCGCCUGAGGUCAAACAGGCCAUCGAGAGCGUCAAGUACAUUGCUGAGAACAUGAGGAGUCGCAACAAGGCCAAAGAAGUGGAGGAUGACUGGAAAUACGUCGCCAUGGUGAUCGAUAGGAUCUUCCUUUGGGUGUUUGUGACCGUUUGUGUCCUGGGAACUGUGGGCCUCUUCCUCCAGCCACUUUGUGGCUUCGUCUCAUAACUUCUAAGAUACCAGGGUUCACUGUCGCCCUAUGUCGAACAAUCCUGAACUAUUGACGAACUCUCAGUUUUCAGUUGACCAAUCAGAAGACAGAGUUUUGAGUCCUAAAGCACAAUUUGGUGUGCUGGUUUUGUUUAUUGCCUUUGGCAAAAAUAUCGAAACAGUGAAGUUGGGUUUACAGUUUUGGCAUUGGCUGGUAAACUGCGUGACAGAAACAAAAAUGCCUAAUUUUGAUAUAUUUUGAGGCUGCUUUACCUAAAGAAAUCAUUGUCAUAAAACCUUUAGAAUACCUAAUAAAGUCUUUGGAUAAACUUCAAAGAAAUCAAGUGGGUAAUGAGUUCUCUACAAGUGUGUUCUUUAAACAAUUAAACAAUAUAUGUAGUUCAUUAAUCACAGCUUUUAAAUGUAUCUCUGUAAUCUGUAAUGUUUUGCUAGGUUUGUCUGAAUGUGUUACAACAUGUUGUAGAGCCCAGAGAUUAUUAAACAGCAACAAUACGCAGUGACCGUGGUUUGGUUCUUGUUAGCAAUGUGUAGCAUCACGCUAUUAUCACACAAAAAGGAUUUCUGUUGCAUAGAAGAAAAAUGGUGACUUACUUUUGACUAAUUCAUUAUUUACUGCAUUUUUAGCCUUGUUGUUAUGCCAGCCUGCACUCCUAAAAAAUGACUUUCUCAUACAACUUAAGUGUGUUGUCACUUUUUAAACGGUGGAUAGGUGGAUAAUGUUCAGACCGAUGUUCAAGUCCAGUGUCGUUGACUUUUGACGCCAAAAGUCAACGACACUGGACUCGAACACCAAAAAGUCAACGAUGAUUUUUUCACAAACUGACUUAUUUUAACUAAAACUUAAGAAGUGUUGUUGGGUAAUUUAGUGUUGCGUUGAGUUUAUGAAGCUAACUACGUGUUUAAAACUGUUACUGUAAUCUGGGUGAAAAUACAUUUUUCUGUAAAGAAUAGUUGAGACUCCAGUUUAGUUGUACAGUUUUGGAUACUAAUCCUGUAGGAGACAGGAUUAACUGUCUACUGUGGCUAAUGCGGAACAUUGAAUAGUUCUUUAUGACAGGAACCUAAGAAUCCGGAAACCAACAGAUAUAAGACGAACUGGAAACAUCCAGUAGACAGGACACAAACUUUGUAACACUGUUUCUCUCCCCGAUUCAGCUGACUGAUGACUGUCAUGCCCACUCCCCAGUCUGAUUCAUCAAACUGCUCAUUGUCAGAGCCAAUCGCCUUCGCCGCCACUUUUUGUGUUAUUCACAAUUACAGCUCAGAUUUCUGGCUUGCAUGGCAGCAGUCGCUGUGGCAGCAGUUUCAAGUAAGAGCAGGCUGUUUUUUUUUUUUUUUUCUGAUUAGAAAACCACGUGUUUAUAAAUGUUCUCUCUGAUUAAUGUUCCACAUGUUAAUUGGUUGGCCUGGUUAAUAUUGGAUUAAAUGCUACUUGAUUAGCUGUCCCUGAAAUAGCAUCGCAUCUAUUAAUUCACAAGAAGAUUCUAUCAUCCAAUUUUAUAGCUAUUCAUUUAAGCCCUUUUUUUCUCUUGUCACUUUGGAUUACGAUAAACAUUAAGAGCCAAUGCAAGAAAACAUGCAUGACAGACAUUUAGAUUGCUUUGAUCACAAGUAUAUCCUUAGAUUACAGCACUAUAAAUGUUCUGCUUAAUUUCCUGAAUUUCAUUUAUCCCCAUUUGUAUUGUUAUAUGAUAAAGAAAUACACAACUCAUGCAGAAGAGAGCAAAUAUGUUUGUACAAAUGAUGCCUUUCUUUUGUCUUUGAAAUAAAAUAAAUCUUUGUUCAAAUAAAGUUACAAGUAUUUACUGGCAGCAGUUUACUAAACUCUACUUAUGCAUUUUAACAAACACUUUUAUGUUAU